AUGUGGCGCCUGCCCGCCGACGACCUGUUGAGCGGCCGCAGGAAGCUCGUCUACCACGGCGCCGCGGCGCAGCUGCACGCCUGCCUCCGCAUACCGGCGGACCCGUACCAGGUGCUGAACGCGGCGGGGUCGCGGCUUCUGGCGCAGGGCUCCGGCCAGAUCCAGCUGUGGCAGUUCCUGCUGGAGCUGCUCGCCGACUCCAGCAACGCCGCCUGCAUCGCCUGGGAGGGCAGCAACGGCGAGUUCAAGCUCACCGACCCCGACGAGGUGGCGCGCCGCUGGGGCGAGCGCAAGAGCAAGCCCAACAUGAACUACGACAAGCUCAGCCGCGCGCUCAGGUACUACUACGACAAGAACAUAAUGACAAAGGUGCACGGCAAACGGUACGCGUACAAGUUUGACUUCCACGGACUGAUGGCCGCAUGUCAGGCGCAAGCACAGGCUCAGGCAGCAGCAGCAUCUGGCGGAAGUGCGAGUGGCAGUUCAGGUGCGUCAGAUGGACUUUACAAGUACCAAGCACACCACAGUGAGCUGGGGCCUGCACUGUACCCGGCGUCCGCACUCGCCGACUCGGCUGCGGCUGCAGCUAAGCUGCUGCCGAGCACUACCGGGGUCACUGUCCCACCUCCGGGCACGGUCUCACCCUUCUGGACAUCAGCGGCAGCGGCAGCUGCUGCAGCUUCCGGACUGCAGUCCGUGUACUCGGUGGCACCUAUCAGGUACCCGUACACCCCAGGACCGGGGAGUGGCAGCAACUAGCCGGCGGCUCUGUGGCCGGCGUGCCUGACAGCACGAGUGGCCCCGACCCCGACCUGCACGUCCCACCGUCUGUGGCCCGAUCGAGACGGCACUCACGUCGGCAUUUCGGUCGAGCAGCCGAGCCCUUGGAGAACUCUGCUGUCCCGUCCACAUUACUUGUUCUCGUAGUGACUGCAGAGUUUGUUAUUUAUCUCCACUGCAACUACUUACAAAUCAUUCGUGUGCAAAAGAGAAAGGAGGCAACCUGUACUUACAAGUGAAGAGACACUCCUAUUUGCCAACCAAUCUUACACACUUUUCACUGCAGUGGUAUGGACACUGUACUCUUCACAGAGUCAGCAGUAUAUGAGUUUAAGACAUGUGACACAGUAAACACUAUUGUGACUUUCAUUAUUAAUUUAGUUUACAGUGUAGAAAAAAUGUUAAUUUUAUUUGUACAAUAUAUUGUUAAAGAAAGAAACCAGUAAAAUUUAAAAAUUGCUGUUUACUUCAUAAUAUAAAAGAAGACAUAGGA